CCUAAUAGAGUCAUAACCUAACUUUCCAUACUUCAAAAAAAGUAAUAAUUUUAAAAAUAUUUUUAAGGAUGUCUCUAAAAACGCUUGACGCUGGCCUACAACUGAGCAAGAAAUUAUACCAACCCCUUUUUAUUCAAGCACUGGCAAGCUUUCAUAGUACGUCGCAUUUAAAUGUGUGGCAAGCGAAAAAUACACGCGAUGGUCCUGGUAAAUGGCUAGAAUAUAAUAAUAAGGUGUAUCCACCCCAAGGACCCGAUGAAGAGCCCAGACCAGCCUUUGUAUGUCAUCAACGAACAAACAUUAAGUAUAGUCCGUUUAAGAUGUGGUAUAUAGCUUCAUUAGUUAGAGGAAUGGCAGUAGAUGAAGCUGUGAGACAGCUUAAAUUCGUAACUAAAAAGGGUGCUAAGGAUGUUAGAGAAGUUAUAGAAGAAGCAAAAGAGUUGGCGGUUAAGGACCAUAAUGUUGAGUAUGCCAGUAAUAUGUGGGUUGCUGAAUCUUUUGUUGGCAAAGGAAAAGUUAUUAAAGGAAUGCGCCGGCACGGUAGAGGAAGAUACGGAAUUAUUGAAUACGUACAUUGCCAUUACUUUGUCAGGCUUGAAGAAGGAUUACCCCCUGAAAAUUAUUACCUUCACACCCCAAAACAACCCCAAGAGCAAUUAGAAGAUUGGCUGAAACAAAUGCGAAGUAGGAAAAUAAUCGGCUCUUUAUAAUUUCUAGGUUUAACACUUUUAUUUAAUGUAUAAACAAAAUAAAUAUAGAAAAUAAUAUGCUUUCUAAAAGUUUGAACUUAUUAGCUAUAAGUAUAAUAAAUAAUACUUUUCUUUAAC